AUGGUGGACAUGCUGCUGGUACUACUUGUUUGCAUGGAAUGUAAAGCUCACAUUGAGAACUGUAGGGUCACAAAACCUAACCCUCCACUUCACAAGUAUCAUCAGUCAGGAGACCUCAUCAUUGGUGGCAUUACUUCUUAUGGUCUCCUCGUCUCCAGUCCAAUAGUCUUCACUGAAGAACCCCAUCAGGCAUUGUCAGAAGAACUUAUGGUAUUUCCUAAGCAUUACCAGCACAUCCUGGCCUUCACAUUUGCAGUAAAAGAAAUCAAUGAAAACCCUCAGAUCUUACCCAAUAUCACCUUGGGCUUCCAGAUCUAUGAUAGCUAUGACAAUGCAAGGAGGACCUAUCAUGCCACAAUGCUACUGUUGACUACACUGGAAAACGUUGUCCCUAACUAUGUAUGUGAUAUCCGGAAUAGAUUAAUAGCAGUUAUUGGGGGACUGGACUCUGAAAUCUCCUUGUAUAUGGCAAAUAUCUUGGAUACCUAUAAGACACCACAGCUCAUCUAUGGCCCUGCUCCCAUUAUGAAUACUAAAACUCCAGGCCUUCCCUUCUAUCAGCUGGCUCCUCAGGAAGUUCUUCAGUAUGAGGGGAUUCUCUCUUUACUUCUCCAUUUCAGGUGGACGUGGAUUGGAAUUGGUGCUAUGAAUAAUGAUAAUGGAGAAAGAUUUCUACAAGUGGUCAUUCCACUGUUUUCUAAGAUGGGUGUCUGUUUUGCCUUCAUAGAAAGAAUCCCCAAAUUAGGUUUUGACACUAAAAUUAAUGACGAAUUUAUACUGGGGGCAAAAAUACAUGAUAAAGUGAUGGGCAGCAAAGCCAAUGUAUUGGUAAUCCAUGGAGAAUCUUAUUCCACAGCCAUUUUUCUCUUCCUUCCAUAUCUAUCAGAACAAGAGGUUGUGGUGAAGGAAGUAAGAGGGAAAGUAUGGAUAAUAACAGCUCAAUUCGAGUUCACUUCAUUUGUCCUACAAAGAAAUUUGGAUACAGAAAUAUUAAAUGGUGCUAUAUCCUUCAGAACCCACUCUAGUGACCUACCAGGAUUUCAGCAGUUUCUUGAAAGCAGAAACCCUUCUAGCUCUAAAGAAGAUGGUUUUAUCAGGGAUUUCUGGCAACAGGCCUUUGGCUGUGUAUUCCCAGAUAGCAUUGUGGGCAAGGCAGAUGGAGACAUUUGCACAGGGGAGGAGAGGCUGGAGAGCCUUCCUGGAUCCUUCUUUGAAAUGAGCACAAUUGGACACAGCUACAGCAUCUACAAUGCUGUCUUUGUGGUGGCCCAUGCCCUGCAUCAUGCCAUGACAUUUUCUGAGGCCAAACAUGGUAUAAUAAUGGAUGGAUGGGAACCCAAACUUCAGAGUCUUCAAUUUGGGCAGCUCCAACCACUUCUAAAAUAUGUCUCAUUUAACAACAGUGCAGGGGACAAAGUUUCUUUCAACCAGAAUGGGGAGCUAGUUGCUGGAUUGGAUGUGGUCAAUUGGAUUAUCUUCUCCAACCAUUCAUUUCAUAGGUAUGAUUGCAUCCCAUGCCCAGAAGGGAAGAUUUCAAACCAGGAGGACAUGAAUGACUGCCAUAAAUGCACUGAGGAAAAGUAUCCAAACAAAAAACAGGAUGCCUGCGUUCGCAAGAUUUUGACCUUCUUGUCUUAUGAAGAACCCUUAGGAUUUAGUUUAGCCUCUUUUGCCUUCUCCUUUUGUUUGAUUACAGCUCUGGUGCUGGGAACCUUUACGAAGCACCACAACACUCCUAUUGUCAAAGCCCACAACCGGGACCUCACCUACACUCUCCUCAUCUCCCUCCUUCUCUCCUUUCUUUGUGCAUUGCUGUUUAUUGGCCGUCCUCAGAAGGUGACCUGUCUCCUUCGACAAACAACUUUUGGGCUCAUCUUCUCGGUGGCUGUUUCUUGUGUGCUGGCAAAAACCAUCACGGUGGUUCUGGCUUUCAUGGCCACCAAACCAGGUUCCAGGAUGAGGAAGUGGGUGGGGAAAAGACUGGCCAUCUCCAUUGUUCUUUUCUGCUCCCUCAUCCAAGCAAGCAUCUCUGCUUUCUGGCUGGCAACCUCUCCACCUUUCCCAGAUAUGGACAUGCACUCAGUGGCUGAUGAAAUUGUACUACAGUGUAACGAACAGUCCGUGACUCUGUUUUGCUGUGUUCUGGGCUACAUGGGUUUCCUGGCAAUGGUGAGUUUCACUGUGGCUUUCCUUGCAAGGAAGCUCCCAGACAGUUUCAAUGAAGCCAAGUUUAUCACUUUCAGCAUGCUGGUCUUCUGCAGUGUGUGGUUAUCCUUUGUUCCAUCCUAUCUGAGCUCCAAGGGAAAAUACAUGGUAGCCGUGGAGAUCUUUUCUAUCUUAGCCUCUAGUGCUGGGUUGUUGGUUUGUAUCUUUUCUCCCAAAUGUUACAUUAUAGCAUUGAGACCUCAGCUGAACACAAGGGAACAGCUAAUAAGGAGAAACAUUGGAAGAAGUGUGUAA